AUGGAGAAAUCACGAACGAUAUCAGAAAUCAAGACCUCCUUCAUACGCACCCAAAUUCGAAUUCUAUCCGCAUCUAUCGCGCCUCAGGAAGGAUGGAGAGACUUUGCGCCGGAUACAGAGGACGACUUGAGCGACAAGGUCGUGGACGAAGUUGUGCAAAAGCUGAACACGACAUUAAAACAGCAUAAUCGCGUCGUUUACUCGAGCCAAGCAAUUCAACACGUCGCUCGACAGAUUGAGAACUUGUAUUGGGAGUCUGUCAAAAGCGAGGUUCUCAGCCCAAGUCAGAAUUCCACGGGAGUGGAGAUUGGUUCAGAUUUAUCGAACAACUCAGUGAUAGAGAAACUACCAUCGCAAUACCGCGGAGACGAUUUGCCACCUGAGGAGAAAGAAAGAUACAAAAUGCUCUACGAACGACUCGUCGCACUAGAUAACAGACGACAAGAGAAACAAAAGCAAUUGGCGCAAUACAAGCAACUGGAAGCUCUCCUUGAGCCGUUCAAGAACCCACAAGAAAAUAUUCAACCUAAUCUUCUCACGAGAGAUGGAGAGUUAGUUCGAGAAAUUGAUAAGAUGCGCAUAUAUCACGUGACCUUGAAUGAGCUCCAUUUAGACCUUACACACCUUCUUGAAGGUGCUCCUGCUCGUGAGACCUCUCGCGCUCAUCGCGAGAGCAUGACCACCAACGGCAACAACGCUGCAGCAAUGGGAAAUUAUAUGGAAAACUCGCCCAACGUCGUGAAUAUGGCCAACAUGUCGCGACAAUCCAUGUCUCCAUCCCCCUCACAGAUGAACGGAAACGGGGGCGGCGGAGGUGGUGGUGGUGCAGGCGGUGGUGGAAACGGGAUGGGCAAUAAUAACAACAAUAUGAUGAUGAAUGGACUGCCGAUGAAUGCGGGACAUCAGAUGGAUUUAAAUAACUUAUACGAUAUGGUGGUGGAGUUUAGCGAUAUUCUGAAGAAUAAUCGUGAAAUGACGAGGGGGAUUGUCCAGAGUGCGGAGGAGAUUAUGCGUCGAUCUACUGUUGAAGGCACGAGUCCGGAUAUUCAUCAAGUCAGCGGGGAGAUAUCCGCCGCAAGAAUCGCCGAACUCGAGCGCGCCCUUGCCCGCGAACGCCGCACCGUCGAAGCCCUCGAACGGGAACAAAUCGAAAACACAAGCCUCAUCGGCGAAUUCGAGACCAGCAUGGGCAUCAUGGUGGAACAGAUUCGCAAUUAUUGCCAAAACAACAACAUGUACUUCCUCGCGCAAAAGAAAGAGUUCAACGCUCUGUUGCAAGCGGAGCGCGACGCUCAUUUAUCAAGCCGUCUGGAUCGAGACCAUUGGCAUGCGCAAACCAUGCGGCUGGCGGAGAUGUUGCGUACGGCGUAUCGAUUGAGGUGUGAAGAGGAUCAGGCGCCGACGACGAUCAUUCAGGCUUUGCAGUCGGAGGUGAGGGCUUUGAGGUCUGCCGUUGGCCUGGAGCCGGAAAAGCCGGAGGAAGAGACGGGGUAUGAGUUUUUGAAGGAUUUAUCACCUCCUGUUGUGGAUUGA